AUGGCAUUUUCCAACGUCAAGGACGCUGCUAGAGAUCAGCCUCUCACGACGCUGACGGCGAUCUUUGUGCUAUGGAAGUCUCUGCUUUUCAUCUUAGCUGUCGCCAGCCCUGGCAUUGGGUACGAUACAUCUACAGAUCUGCUAGACUGGCCAGGAGGAGGCAGUGUCUUCGCCAAGCUCGUCCGCUGGGAUGCCAUCUACUUCACGCAGAUGGCGAAGGAUGGACAUGUGUUCGAGCAGGAGUGGGCGUUCGGAGUAGGCAUUUCGGGCCUUCUGUCGCGGGUCUCGCGUCUGCUCUACGAUGUUACCAUGCCCAAUGUGCAGCAGCUUGCCAUUUCUGGACUGGUUAUAUCCCAUUUGAGCAGCUGGCUAUCAAUGUUGCUCGUCUGGCAUAUCUCGCGGCGUCUGGACCCAUCUGAACAACAAUCGACCGCAUUUGUGGCCGCUUCAUUAUACAUCAUUUCUCCCGCCGGCAUCUUUCUCUCAGCUCCGUACACGGAAAGCGUUUUUGCAGCACUCCAUAUGCUCUCAUACUUACUCUUCAUUGAUGGAAGAACGGCCUUUGCCGGAGGUCGAGCUGGAGCAGGAAGUCUUCUGAACAUCGGAUCAGGGACAGCAUUGGCGUUUUCAAUUAUCAUGAGAAGCAACGGCAUUUUAAGCGGGUUCAUAUUCGCGUGGGAUGCGUACGAGGCGUGCGUUCGGCUUCUGAGACGGCGAGGGAGUGCCCUCGAUCUACAGAGACUGCUGUCCCUGGUUGUGGCGGGUGUUGUUGCAGGUUUUGGUUUCGUCCUCCCGCAGUAUCUUGCUUGGACUGAGUACUGCGAGGGUCGUGAUCCAGCCUCGGUCAGGUCGUGGUGUCAGAACGUUGUUCCGUCGAUCUUCACUUUUGUUCAAUCGCACUAUUGGAAUGUCGGCCUGUUCAGAUACUGGACGAUAUCCAAUAUACCGCUGUUCCUGCUUGCUGCACCGACGCUGGCUCUCCUCAUCGGCUCGGGCAUAGAUGGCGCCGUCAGAGCUGUAUACUUCAGAAAAUCUCCGGAUGCAUACUACCUGGCUAUACCGCAAUUGAUUCUAGCAGUACUCGCGCUCACGACCUACCAUGUGCAGAUCAUAACUCGAAUAGCUUCUGGCUAUCCGUGGUGGUACAUCUGGCUAGCAGCUGAACGGCCGAGGUCAGUCAAGACUGCAGUGCGGUGGAUGGCCUUAUACGCUCUGAUCCAGGGCGGCUUGUAUGCAUCAUUUCUCCCGCCGGCCUGA